UAGGUAAAUGUAAGGCGCCAUUACAUCAGAAGCCAGUGUGAUUGUCAGCUGUGCUGGAAACAGGAAACAUGGCCAAGGAGUAAAGAAUUAUAUGGGGCAGGUAAACCCCCACCUGGUUUACAUCUGGAUGUAGUCAAAGGAGACAAGCUAAUUGAGAAACUGAUUAUUGAUGAGAAGAAGUAUUACUUAUUUGGGAGAAACCCUGAUUUGUGUGACUUUACCAUUGACCACCAGUCUUGCUCUCGGGUCCACGCUGCCUUGGUCUACCACAAGCAUCUGAAGAGAGUUUUCCUAAUAGAUCUCAACAGUAAAUGCAGACAUGGAAAAAUAUUCAAACUCUCCAGUAGGAUUUUGGCUUGACUUGGCAUUCAUAUUGUACCUGUUUCAGCCAGCCUCCUUUAUUGUCCUGGGGAAAACCCAAAUAUAACUGCCACCAGGCCAGAAGUUCUUAUGUUCCUUACACUUGGGGCUGGAGAGGUCAGACCACACUGAUGCCUGUCUUCUGCCUUGGGGGGCAUGGCUCUUGCUGGGUUGGAGCCAUUCCUGCUGAACCCAGAAUGAAGCCAAACUUGUCUGGCAGCAGAGAGCAAGCAGUGGUCUUUGUUACAUGGGGUAACGUCAGGUCUGAAGAUGUAUAAGAGAUCCACUGAAGAGAUUCAAGACCCAAUGAAGAGUUUCCUUUUCAUUUUGACACAUGACAAGGGAUGCAGAGCGGACCCAGUGCUGUUUUCAUUUUAAAAAACAAAACUGAUGUUCUGGGAGGAGCUGUUCUCCCUCCUACAACUCAGAACCUGACAGAGUUCAACACUGCCCACAACAAGCGGAUUUCCACCCUGACCAUUGAGGAGGGGAAUCUCGACAUUCAGAGACCAAAGAGAAAGAGGAAGAACUCACGGGUGACUUUCAGUGAGGAUGACGAGAUCAUCAAUCCAGAGGAUGUGGAUCCCUCAGUUGGUCGCUUCCGGAACAUGGUGCAGACUGCAGUGGUCCCAGUCAAGAAGAAGCGGGUGGAAGGCCCUGGCUCCCUGGGCCUGGAGGAAUCAGGGAGCAGGCGCAUGCAGAACUUUGCAUUCAGUGGAGGACUCUACGGGGGCCUGCCCCCCACGCACAGUGAAGCCGGCUCUCAGCCACACGGCAUCCAUGGGACAGCACUCAUCGGUGGCUUGCCCAUGCCAUACCCGAACCUCGCCCCUGACGUGGACUUGACUCCCGUCGUGCCGUCAGCAGUGAACAUGAACCCUGCACCAAAUCCUGCAGUCUAUAACCCCGAAGCUGUCAAUGAACCCAAGAAGAAGAAAUAUGCAAAAGAGGCUUGGCCGGGCAAGAAGCCUACACCUUCCUUACUGAUUUGAUAUUUUUGGUCAUGGAGAAGGGUGGGAUUGGGUGGGAAUUGGGUGGAAGGGUGACGGGGGAGCUAAUGAACUAGGGAGAAAAACUUUCCAUGUGUGCGGUCUCGUCUUUCAGAAUGUCUCCUGGGGCCCUAACCAUGUAAUGUUAAAGCUGGGGUGGGGUUGGAAUAUCCCAUAAAGACCUGUCUUCAGAACACUAUGAGUGUAGAACAGUGUUUCAUAUUUUUCCCACUAGGUAGGCUGCCCUGGCCCUUUCCCAGGCCUCUUCCGUCACCACCUUUUUCUUUUCUUCCUCGUUCUGGGGUCAGUUUGAUUUAAAGUCAUGUGUACCCUGGGGAGAGACUCCAGGCCCUCCGGUGGCAUCUAGAGCUGUGCUGAUGGCAGCAGCAUCACCAGCCUGUGGGUCCAGCAGCCUGGUUUCUGCUUACUGUCCGUGCAAGUCCCAGGUAGCAAAGGGUUCGCCACGGAUCCCAGGUCUAUCAGAAGAGGGUUUAGAAUUCUUCAGUUAAGCUAAGGUUUCAACUCAGAAGUGUUUGCCUGGGUCGCUGGUUUUGAGGUCCAAUAGUUAGGCUUUUUUCUCUUUUGUCCUUUCUGUUGGAAUGAGAACAUUUUGAUUUUCUUCAUCUGUGACCAGUGCUGUAGAUACAGGUGGGUAGUUUGAAACUUACGGUAUUGUUUGAACUUCACUUGUUUCUCUUGUCACACCUGAGUACUCUACUUGCUGAAGUUUUUCGUUUGAUUCCAGAGUACUGUCCUCUACUCUUUAAGGCAUUGCUUUCCUAUUCAAGUGUGUUAUGAAGGCAAUUUUUAAAGGAUAUGACCAGUUAGAGCAGCAAUUCCAAUUGAAAAAAUUUUACUUUGCAAGUAACUGAUGUCUCUAAGAGGACAUUUUUAGGUGUUGGUUCAGAGGCUCUUCCCCUCCCCCCCCCACCCCCUUUACUGAGAGCUCUCAUAACCCAGAGCUCCAGGACUCGGCCCAGUAACAAACACAGGAGACGAAGGUAGCAAACAGUGAUAUGAGCUUUGUACAGAGAUUUGUACAUUUGUGUAAUAGGCCUUUUCACGCUUUAUGUGUAGCUUUUUACCUGUAACCUUUAUUACAUUGUAAAUUAAACGUAACUUUUGUCA